CAUUUGCGAAUUGCGAAUUGCGAAUUGCGAUCUUCUCUCCUCCUCCGGUCUGAAAGCGCUUCCGGUCGCUUUAUUUUCCCCCAAAUUUCCCGAUCUCUUCUUUUUAUGGGCUGAUUCGGAGAAGGGGAGCAUCGGAUUAGGGCUCGUUGGAUCUCUGGGUAGGGUUUCUCCUCUGCGAGCAUCGACCAUGCCUUCGGUGCUCGGAGAGUUCCCCUGCAGGUUCGCAAACUUGAUCCGCUCGGCCACCUCCUUCCAUGGCGGUUCUUGCUCGCAUCGCAUUAAAAAUCUCGAGAAGUGGAGUCUGCGUGGUAAUCUGAAUCAGCAAUAGCUUCCGGGAAUGGCGGCGAUACGGUUCCUCUAGGAUUUUCUUUCCGUUUCUUCUGUCUAUUCUAUCGUCCAACUCCUAGAAAUAUCUAGAUCUUUUCCUGGAUUAGAUCUUGGUGUGAGAUUUGAGUCUGAGGAGCGUUUGAUCUGGAUCUGGUUUCUUUUUUCGGUUUUUGGGACGAGAGUGCGAAGUUUUGGCUCGAGUUCUCAUUACAAUAGCACCUGCAUGGACGGUUCCACUCCUCAUGCUAGCAUGGUGUCUGAAGGUAUCGGCUGUGAGACAUCUGUAUAUAGCCUUAGCUGUGAGAAAUCACACAGAGAACAUAAAGAGGGUACAUGUUGCAAUAUGAAAGGAACUGCUAAAAUCACACCUGAGAGGGCUCUCGACGUUUCUUUUGUCAGCGAGGAAGAUAACUUCAUAGUGCGAGAAGCUGGCACUGUUCCUGGUGCAUUCCUGCAUGCUUCAAAUCUCGGUGGAAGAUUAUCUGACCCUAAUGCAAUAUCUGAUCAAGAAGAAACACGCGAUUCAAAAGAGAUUGAAACCUGCCAAGAGUCCUGUGGUUCUGUUUCAUUGGAUGCAAAUAAGCUCAAAAGCUUGAACAAAUGUGCGACAUUUCCAUGUUCAUCAGAGGCACAAUUGGAUACUUUGCCAAUCAAGGGAAGUAAUGAGGAAUCAAGCACAGAAGUACAAGGCCAACCUUCCUCCACAUUUAAGAGUCCUGCAUAUUCACGGUCAAUGUCUCUGCCCACUUCUUUGAAGCUUGUUUCUGCCAUGAAGGGAGGCCGUGCACAAAAUGGGGUCUCCCCUACUGUGAAGCUGCAAGUGAAAUGGGCGCCCGAGGUAUACGAUCCACCUGCCACAUCCUUGUCACAUACAGUGAAGAAGAGCCAUCACCAACGUCCCAAGGCCAAGAAAAAGGACAACCACAAGAACAAGCACAACAAGGGCAGGUCCUCUCGGGGAAGUGGUCUGGAAAGGAAACGUGCAAAUCAGAGCAGUAUAGGCACUGUGUCCAAUCCUUUGGAUAUGAGGUUCCCAGUUGCUGGAGAUAGGUUACUGUUGGAUCGAUUUGGCAAAUCGAACGCGGAAGCCUUAGAGUAUGCAGUUAGCACUCGUGAAUCCAAGUGCGGCGGCGGCUUCCUGAGGGAGGCACUUGCUAAAGUAAAUCUCUCUACAGCUGAGGCCUCUUGAAUGGAUCCCAGUUUUGGCAAUGCCGACGAAUUAUCAUCUUGAUGAUUGUAGAUAAAUAAUGUAUGAUGAAAAUGCUCGGUGUGUACCUGGUAGUUUUGUUGUGAUCGGAAGAACUUGUUGCCACUAAGAUUAUUAGUGGGUCGAGGACAAUAAAGCGGCGGUGAUGUUUUAUGUUUUUCAAAUUUAGAAACUGAACGGUACAAAGUGUAUUUUGUGUGUGAUGGAUGGUGAAUGUCUGUCAGGGUGGAUGCCUGGCAAUUUAGGACCUUUCAGCUGCUUGCUGUAAUGCUCGAGUGUUAUACAGCAUCUUGCCAUUUUCUUUCUGCUCA